CCUCCCUCCCCCUCCAGGCUGCUGCUAUCGGAUCUGUGAUGAUAUGUGAUCUCCUGGAUACAAUCAGACACACACACAAGUACCAGGCACUCCUGCUCAGCUGAGCAAAAUGUCUUUCUCCUAGAAGUGGUGCUCAUCACAGCCUUCAGAUCCUUGACGAUGUUGCCAUGCUUUCCUUCCUGCCUCCUGCCUUUUGCUGGCUUUGCCUGCCUGCUUUUCCUGCCUGGGGGUCAUCUUUGCCCUGCUGUCUGUAGCUGCAUGGACUACCACACCAUAGACUGCCGGGAUCAAGGACUCCCGAGUGUUCCUAAUCCCUUUCCAUUGGAUGUACGGAAACUUCUCAUAGCUGAUAACAACAUUCAGGCGAUACCAGCUGACUUCUUUAUAUUUUAUGGAGAUCUAGUCUAUUUGGACUUCAGGAAUAACUCCCUCACCUCUUUAGAAGAGGGCACUUUUAGCAGUUCUACCAAACUGGUGUAUUUAGACUUAAGCUACAAUAAUUUAACACAGCUCGAUGCUGGGAUAUUCAAAUCAGCAGAGAAACUGAUAAAAUUGAGCCUUGGAAACAAUAACCUGGUGGAUGUGGACGAGGCUGCUUUUGAGAACCUGGACCAGCUGCAAGUGUUAGAAUUGAAUGACAAUAACUUACAGAGCCUAAACGUGGCAGCCCUGGAAGCGCUGCCCUCCCUGCGGACCAUCCGCUUGGAGGGCAACCCUUGGGUCUGUGACUGUGACUUUGCCAAUCUUUUCAGCUGGAUCCAGGACAAUGCAUCCAAGCUCCAGAAAGGUCUCCAUGAAAUCCAGUGCUCCCUGCCCGUGGAGAACAGAAGGAUCUUUCUGAACGAGUUAUCUGAGGUCAGCUUUAGUGAAUGCAAAUUCAGUUUGUCAUUGACAGACCUUUUUAUCAUCAUUUUCUCUGGAGUUGCCGUGUCCAUUGCUGCAAUUCUCUCCAGCUUCUUCCUGGCCACGCUGGUGCACUGCUUCCAAAGGUGUGCUCCCAGCAAGGACGACGAUGACGAUGAAGAUGACAGUGAGGACUGAACUUGGUCUAAAUCCUUAAAUUUCCUCGGUUUAUCAAUUUCCAGAUCAUCAGCCAAAGUCUAUGAGGAAAAAAGAAAAAGUAGAGUAAAAGCUUUAAACAUGACUUAAAAUGUGUAAGGAUCCCUUCUAGGUCACAGGUGGGAACGGCAGAGCUGAGACUUGAUUUCCAUGGUCCUUAAUCAAACAUUGCAUUUAAACUUGAAGGUUGAAGGAAAAAGGGGGGGAAAGUAAUAAAGAAAAAAGUUCCAGUGUUUUAAGAGAUGAGUUUCCAGAUUGUCCUGAUGAGAUGCAGAUUCUUAUAAGUGCUUGAAGCUUAUUCUAGAUACACUUUGAAUGGGACUGGGUGAAUGGAGAUGUUUGGUUGAAAUACAGAAGCAAUUCAAAAUAGUAUCCUUCCUAUAUCUAAGUACUGGGAGAUUCUAUUAAAACUCACACAAAAUGCAAUUAAAAUGAUUCCUGGAAUUGCAGAAAGCAUGAGAGGAAGGUUGGCAUUUUCCCCCUACAAAAGUUCUCCACAAACAUUCAUCCUCCAUUUAACGACAGCAAUUGCAGGCACAGCAAAAAAAAAUAAUAUAUAUAUAUUUCUGUAAGUGAAUAUGAUUCUGGGUCUGAGUCAUCCACUGCAGAUGCCUGACACUUCUUUGGUCAUGGCACAAAUACUAAAUAUAACAUCCUUUUGCAUUUUUAGCUGUAGUGAAGUAAAGGAUUUCCCUCCCCGUAAUGCUCGGCACCAGUAACUGUUGCAGCAUCCAGUCCAUUUAGAUAUUUUAAAGCACUAAGGGCUAUAUUCUGCUCCUGGUUAUACUGGAAUAACCCAAAUCAGAUGAACACCAUGCUCCAAAUUGGCAACUGUAUAAACAAAAGUGAAAUCUGGCCCAAUGUAUUUCUUGACUGUAUUAUAGAUUUGUCAAAACUUGAGCUCUUCUAUAUGAUGGUAGAUAUUUUUGUUAAAAUUUAAAAAGAUGUUUAUUACAAGAGAUUUUUGGAAUAGUGCUGGACAGCUUUUUAGGAUAAGUAUAUUUUUAAAAUAUUUGUAAUGGAAAUAUUUUUUUAAAGCUCUGUGUAUUUAAAUGUUAUCUAGAAUAGCUGUGAGGGCUUAAAUAGUAAUAAGCAAGCUAAGGACUGUAUGCUUAUAAAGUAAUUAGAGCUGAUAAAAAGUAGCAUUUGUUUAACUACUGUAAAUGCUGUUAUUUCUUUAAAAAAGCACUCUUUGGAUAACACACUGCCUUGCUCAGGAGGAGGGAAUCACCCUGUGUGGCUGGGGGUGCCAGGGACACGUUCCUGGUGAUCCCCAGACCUUCAGCCAAGCCCAGGAGCUCCAGCUCCAUCCCUGUGCAGGGGCUGCAGGGCAGGGCUGUGUCCUGGCUGUCCCUGGGACCAGCUCUGCAUCCCUGCCUGGGCUGGCAGGGCUCACCCUGGGUGUGCACUUAUUUAUUUCUGCUCACUCCACAGCUUUUCCAAUGCACUUACUGCUUCCAUUAUUUGGAUUGUUACUUCUGAGAACAGAAUGAAACGGGACAGUGAGAGGUUAUUCUGUAUCAAUACUGUCUUAUUCUAUUCCAAUUCCUUCCAGAAAAAUGAAAUGACAUGAUUUUCACUGUGUAGUGCCAUGAUUAUAAACAACACAAAUAUAUUUAUAAUUUCAA